AUGGAUUUUCGAGACAUCGCAGCCGUCUGUGGUUUCGCAACCUACAGCUUGCGCCAUCCCCGCGAGGCACUAUCAAGCUUCGGCCCGACCCUGAACGAAACCACCUUCGGCAUCCUCGGCGCUUCCUUCCAACCAGAGCGCGACAUCCGCAGCCUGAAGGACAAGGUCGUCCUCGUGACAGGAGGCAAUGCCGGCAUCGGCAAGGAAACCAUCCUCCAGCUCGCCAAGCACCACCCCUCGCGCAUCUACAUGGCCGCCCGCACCGAGAGCAAAGCCCGUGAAUCAAUUGACUCGCUACAACGCCAGCUUCCCUCACCUGUUGAUAUCCGCUACCUUCCUCUCGAUCUGUCCUCCUUCAAAUCCAUCCAUGCCGCCGCAACAAAGUUCCGAGCCGACAGCGAUCGGCUAGAUAUCCUAAUCCUCAAUGCGGGGACAAUGGGUAACCCGCCUACAAAGACCGAGGAAGGAUUCGAAGUCCAGCUUGGAACAAACCAUAUCGGCCACUUCCUGCUCACGAAGUUGCUUCUGCCUACCUUACUGAAGACCGCUGAUAUCCAGCGCGCUAAGGAGGAGGAACCCGAUGUUCGCGUCGUGACUGUUGCGUCGGUGGCUCACGCUGUUGGUCCCUCGACUUUCGAGGAAAUGAUUUCUACUCCUGCCUUAUUGGCUGCUAGUACUUGGACGCGCUACGGCGCUUCGAAGUCCGCUAAUAUUCUGUUUGCCGCUGAGCUCGCCCGUCGAUAUCCGGAUAUCACGUCUGUUGCUGUGCAUCCCGGUGCUGUUGACAGCGGGCUCUACGGGCAUACUAAGGAUCUCAGCUUGGCGAUGAGAUAUUCCCUCACUGCCACUGGGUCUAUCUUCUUCCGGACCGUCACCAGUGGAGCACUAAACUCCCUCUGGGCGGCUGGCUCGCCGAAAGAUCAGCUUGAGAACGGAGCUUACUACACUCCCGUUGGAUACCGCAGCGGUGGAACUGCUUUCGUUCAGAACUCGGAGCUCGCUCGCAAGCUCUGGGAUUGGACGGAAGGCCAGGUCGCUGAAUACAGCUAG